AAGGUGAUUGGCAACAAAGUUGAACAAGAGGACGAAACCGGGGUUACGGUUGAAACAAAAAUAAAGCAGAAGAAAAUUGUUCAACUUUUUGAUGAAAUGAGGAAACGUAGCAUAUAUAUAUUGGUUAAACCAUUUAAAUCGUUAUCUCAAGAAGAUACGGAGGACCUAUUUGAGAGAAUAGCUCAAAAUACCGUUGUUAAAAUUGAUCUUCCAAAUUUCAUCGAAAAAUAUUUACAAGAUUUGCUUGAUGGAGAUAUUGAAAGUGUGUUUCUGAAAAUUAAUGCUAUUCCUAUUUCUAGCGGUGAAAUAAUCAAUGAAGCACACAAGGAUCGGAUUUAUAACAUAAAUAUAGAUCAAAGACCAACAAGUUCCAAUAGAGGAGAUAAAAAUGAUGCGGUUAUAUAUCAAGAUCAAAAUGCCACAAUCAUUUAUGAACAGUCUUUCGGUCCAACAGAUUUCGAUGAGGCACACUAUUUGGAAGAUAUAACUAAAUUGGCGAGGAAUGCUGUGGACGACCUAAACUUCCAUUUUAUUCUGUAUAGUAAUUCUUCAAUAACGACAGCAAAAAAAUUUAAGUCAAUCAGUAUUCACGGAUAUAGUAGGUGUUUGCAUUAUGUUUUGCAAGAAUGGUUUGCUUUAAUAAAACCCAUCUGA